GCAGUUGCUGAGUAGAUGUGAUCUAUAAAUACGUAUACAAUCCUCUCUACUUGUGCACUUCCUACUCCACACCCUUCACUGUCAUAUAGGAUUCUUUUCAUAUAUCCUUGCAUCUUAUACUGUUAGUUGAGACUAACAUGGAUCUGUCUCAAUGUCUCCUUGCAUUUUCUUUGUUUUUCCCUUUUUUUCUCAUUGCUUACUAUCAUUUCAAAAGAUAUGGUGCAAACGCUAUUCGCCGCAAAGCCCCUCAACUUCCUGGAGCAUUGCCCUUCAUAGGCCACCUACAUCUCUUAAGGGGUCAGCAGCCCUUGGCCCGAAUUCUCGGGAACAAGGCUGAUAGGUUUGGCCCCAUUUUCUCUCUGCGGCUCGGACACCACUAUGCAGUGGUGAUUAGCAGUUGGGAGAUGGUGAAAGAGUGUUUCACCACCAAUGACAGAAAUUUUGCUACAAGGCCGACUAUGUCUGUGUCCAAAUACUUGGGAUACGAUUAUGCAGCCUUUGCGAUUUCCCCUCACGGACCCUAUUGGCGCGAUAUUCGUAAGCUUGUCAAUCUUGAGCUCUUAGCCAACCGCCAGCUCCAGAAGUUGAAGCACCAUCAAUCAUCCGAGCUCAAUAUGGGCAUAAGGGAACUGUUCUUGUUAUGCUCAGAAAAUGGUGGACUCGCUAGCCAUGUGACUAUAAGCAAGUGGAUUGAUGACUUAACUUUCAACACAACCAUAAGGAUGCUUGUUGGUAAGCGAUUUGAUUCUAGUAGCAGUCCUGAGGAUUUGCAUAUCAAAGAAGCCAUCAAAAGAGUCUUGUAUCUUGGUGGUGUAUUUGUCGUGUCCGAUUUCAUUCCAAGUCUUGAAUGGCUGGACUUGGGAGGCUAUUUAAACUCUAUGAUGCAUACUUCCAAGGAAGUCGAUGGUAUUUUGAAGAAAUGGCUCGAAGAGCAUGUCCAGAAAAGAAAAGCUUGCGGUGCUAAUGUUAUCGACACUGAUUUCAUGGACGCAAUGCUGUCAACUAUCGGCGUGGAUGACAAAUCUAUGGGAUAUGACCGUGAUACGAUUAUCAAGGCAACAAUACAGGUUAUCAUCAUGACGGGGUCAGAGAGCAUUUCUGAAACACUAAUAUGGGCGGUGUCAUUGCUACUUAACAAUCCAAACUCCCUGAAACUAGCAACAGAUGAGCUGGACCGCAAUGUGGGAAGGCAGAGAUGGGUAGCAGAGUCGGAUAUGAACAAGUUAACAUAUCUAGAAGCCAUAGUAAAGGAAACACUACGUUUGUAUCCACCAGGGCCCUUAUCAGGACCCCGAGAAGCCACGGAAGAUUGUUACAUAGGUGAGUAUUACAUACCAAAAGGCACACGUUUAGUGGUGAACUUAUGGAAACUGCAUCGGGAUCCAAGAAUGUGGUCUGAGGCUGAGCAGUUUCGUCCUGAAAGGUUUGUUGAAGAAAACAAGAAUGUGAAUCACAAGGGUCAGAAUUUCGAGUACAUUCCAUUCAGCUCGGGGAGGAGAAUGUGCCCUGCAAUGACAUAUGGGUUCGAAAUGGUCCAACUUGUAUUGGCCCGCCUGCUUCAAGCUUUUACUAUCUCAACCACCUUGGCGGUGGAUAUGGAGGAGGGUUUGGGAAUUGCAUUGCCCAAGGUGAAUCCUGUUCAAGUCGUCAUCACUCCAAGGUUGCCUUUGGAGCUCUACCACCAAAAUAUAUAAGCCUGCUUUCUUUUUUACCAGAACCAACGCUGCUAUUUAUUUCCUAGUAUUAUCUAGUACCUUUGAGGGGGAAGUAUGGUGUAAAAGAGUUGUAAAACACUCUUCAACAUACAAAAUCAGCAUUCAAUUCAUGUCAGUUUCACAUGCAAUAACACAAAGUUUUCAUCCCA